AUGUCAAUUCAGCGUUCAAGUGGGCAAAACAAAAUUUGACAUUUCAAAUGAUCGCUAGUAAAAAUAUGUCUGCAGUAAAAAUGACGCAGCCAUACUAAGUUACAUUUUGUUUUUCUUCUGUUUGCUAAAUAUUUUGUUUUCGUUUUUUAUUAGACAAAUCAAAUGUGAUCAAACGAUUCACUGUCAUAUUCUGUAAACGAGCAUCGCAAUUAAGUUUAAUGUUACGAAAUCAUUUCCAUGAAAACAAUACACAAAAAUUUCUACACAAAAAAUUGACACCAAUUUCUAUGUGUUCUACACCACCACGGUGGUAUAUUUUUCUAUUCAAGUCUAAACUAAUCAAAUGGAUGCCAAUAAAUCGGAAUUAGUUUUAUCCAAUUCGAUGUUUGCCAGCGACGAGCAAUUCUCCGAAGAUGAUUUGCUCGAUACAAAUUGUGGACAGGCCGUCACCUGGCUGAACGAUGACGAAAACGAAAAAUUAGAAAUGUCAAUCAAUAUCGAUGCAACAAAUAUGUUUUUCAAUCGUGUUGAAUCAGCUGAAAUUAUUUACCAAGCUAAGAAAAAGACCUGCAAAAUGAUUGGUAAAUAUGUGAUGGGCGAUAAAUUGGGCGAAGGCUCCUACGGUAAAGUCAAAGAAGUCUUAGAUUCGGAAACAUUAUGCAGACGAGCCGUUAAGAUAUUGACACAAAGAAAGCUCAAACGAAUACCCAAUGGUGAACAAAAUGUUCGACGCGAGAUUCAGUUGUUGCAGGUGUUGAGGCACAAGAAUGUCGUGCAAUUGCUCGAUGUUUUAUACAAUGAAGAAAAGCAAAAAAUGUAUUUGGUGAUGGAAUACUGUGUUGGCCAGCUGCAGGAAAUGCUCGACUCAGUGCCUGAAAAGAAAAUGCCACUGUUCCAAGCCCAUCGAUACUUUCUCCAGCUAUUAGACGGAUUAGAAUAUUUGCAUGGAAAGGGUGUCAUUCACAAGGACAUAAAACCAGGAAAUCUGUUGAUCACUCUUGACGAUACACUGAAAAUUUCCGAUUUUGGCGUUGCAGAGGCACUAUCGAUGUUUGCUGAGGAUGAUACAUGCUCAACUGGUCAAGGGUCACCAGCAUUUCAACCGCCCGAGAUUGCAAACGGCGAUGAAACGUUUUCGGGAUUCAAAGUCGACAUCUGGAGCUCUGGCGUAACACUGUAUAAUAUAACGACUGGACAAUAUCCAUUCGAAGGCGACAAUAUUUAUAGGCUGUUGGAGAAUAUUGGAAAGAAUCAAUGGAAGGCACCUGAAUGGUUUCAAAAGUUUGAUGCAAAUUUAGCGAGUUUAAUUCUCGGAAUGCUUCAAGCAGACCCAAAAACUAGAUUAACAUUGGAAGAAGUGAAGCAGCACACAUGGACAGUAAGCACACCGACAAAAGUGGGCAACCGAGUUUGGGUACCACCGUUAAAAAGCGAUGAACUGAGAAGUUCAACUGUACUACCCUAUUUAGAUGCCUAUCAUUAUGGCACUGACGAAAUGGAACAGGAUUAUUACACCGAACACGAUUUAACCGCCAAACGAACGACAUCUCCAUCACAUAUUAAAGUUAAUGCAACCAAACGAAGUUCUAAAAAUAGGAAAUUGUCAAAAAAAUUAUCAUCAUGUAUUUCAGUAAGGAAAAUAACCGGUUGUCGACCGUCAUAGAAAGAAUUAAUUUCAAGGAAAAAAAAAAAAAAAAUUUGAUUCAUUUGAUUUAUUCGAUUUUUUUCUCACUUGUUAUUCGUCAAAUCAAAACUGAGUGCAGAAUAAAAUUUCCACACCUGCAAAUGGUUUUAAUUCAAAAUGGAAAACAAUCAAAAACAAAAAAACAUACACAUGCAUGCAUCGACAUGAAAUUCAGAAGAGCUGCUGCUAUUGGAGGAAAUAGUUGCAUCCGUGAUAUGAAAAUCGUGUAUUAUCGUUCAUGAACUCUUCGGGGUGUUACAAAUCAACGAUUUGACGAGAAGUGUUUUGAUUGUAUUGUUGGUGCAUUCAUGCGAGUAUAAUUCGUUGCGACCAAUUCGUUUUAUCUACAUUCCUCUAACCAACCAUGAACCAUACUGAAAACUCUUUAGAGAAUUCUUCACUUCUCGGACUCUUGAUUCCUUUCGAGUUUUCAUGAAUUUUGAAUGUAAUUUUCCGCACAAAUUGUGAUACAAUUUUAUUUGUUUUAUUUUUUUAUUUUAAAGAAUCACGAUUUUGUGUGUCUCGAGAUGCAAAUGAACUCCGUUCCUGAAAUACGGUUCGUCUAAAUCAAGUUUGUUCUUAUAGCCUACAAGUUGUAGGCUUAUGAAAUUAAGAAAAAAAAAUAUUUCUUUCGUUUGCGAUUUUAAUAAUUGUAACUGGAUUUGCCCAAUGUUUUAUUCUCACAAGCUCAGCAUGAGAUAUCGAACUGCUUGAAAUACUUGAAAAAAAAAAUAAUGCGAUUUAAAAUGGUUUGAAGAUUUUCUAGUCAAAAAUUUUUUUUCUUUCGUUCAAUAUGUGAAAAAAUUAAACAAACAAACAAACAAGAGAAAAACAACAAUAUAAUAGAAGUUUUAAAGAUUUAUAUAAAUUGAAAUUUAUUGAAAUAUAUUUUUUUAAUUAUUUUUGUUUUACACACUUAAAAAAUAAAAAAAAAAUACAUCUAAUAAAAUA